UGUCUCCUCCUUUCUACCCCACAUCAUCAUCAUCAUCGCUACCAGCACCUGUCUUCACCUUACCCCACCCCACCCGCAUUUCGUAAUACGAACUCCCCGUGCAACGUCGACCAUUAAGUCCUCAACCCAGCCCACUCGCCAACCCCUCGCCCCUAGCAGACACAUCCCACCCCCGGCGCGUGUGUAUAUAAGUCGGGGCACUCGGUGUAGCCCGACUCAAGCAACGUCAGCUCCACCGUCAGCUGCACAUCGCACGUGGCCCUCCUGCACACUCGCGCCAAGUGACCGCUGCCAUGCUGCGCGGGUUCGUCGUUCUGCUGCUCCUCUGCGGAUUCGCGUCCUGUGCUUCUCCGAAGGCGGGCGGGCACCACAGCGGAGAAGAUCGCGGAGAUAACGGAGAUCACGGCCGUGGGGGAGAGGCCCUGGAGGAUCUGCUCAAGGCGGUGCAGAGAUCCCUCAAUGGCUCCCUGAGCGUCGAGGGGGUGGUCGGCCUCUUCAGCAAGUGCAACCUCAGCGGCAUCGACUUUCCUCACCCUGCACAGCCCGUCAACUGCUCCUUUGCAGACAUCGUCGGUCAGCCGCCCUACUCCGUGCCCAGCAUCAUCGCCAAGCUGCAACAGAUCCUCAACGUGACCCGCGAGCAGAUCCUUGCCAAGGCAGCCGAAAUCUACGGCCGCUGCAAGGGCGUGCUGUCCCCCCCCGGAGGCCCCAAUCACGACCCCCCAAAGCCCCCAAAGGGUGGCAGGCCAGGCCAAGGUGGCUGGCCAGGCCAAGGUGGCAGACAUCGCAGAUCGGGCGAAGGCAUUAAAUCCAAGAUGGGCAAGGGCUCGCAUCCUGAGUCUCCCAGAAGCCCAGGGUCUGAGUCUCCCCGGAGCCCAGGGUCUGAGUCUCCAAAGAGCCCAGGGCAUGAGAUUCCCAAGGGCCCAAGGCCUGCAAAUCCCAGAGGGCAAAUACCUGGUUCCUCCCAGCAUAGAGGCCGGAACUAGGAAUCUCUUCCGUUCCAGCAGUGACCCACUCAAACCUAACUCGGCUCUGUGGACCAGGCUAACAGUCGAUUCAGGGCUUCGUUUCUCAUGGAAUAUAUACUGGGGAUGCCUAAGCAACAGAAGCCACCACCUCACUGAUAGCAAGGGGAAGUUGGGGGGGGGGCAGCUCCUCUAAAUGUGUUUAAUGAUUUGAGUUUGACAGGUCCCGCCGAGACCGCUUGUGAGAUCUCGGAGUUUGUGAAUCGAUUGUUGACCUCUAUAAGCACAAUGACCAAGUGAUGGGUUAUUUUCUUGACGUCUGUUGUUUCGCUAAUUUCUUUGUCCAAUGCCCGUCCCGACGAAAUCGAAUCCACCUUUUGAUUUUGAUGCACGAGUCUGAGCGCCACAGCCUUCGUUUUGCUCCGACACACUUGAAGGCAGCGGCUGAAAGAACGCAAGCACACACGACGGAUCAGUGGCAUAGAGUGGUUGACACUUGGGCCCUCCGGCUCACGUCGGGUCCCUGCACAGUUGCACUGCCCGCACACCCGAAAGCAACGCCACUGAUGACGGCCGGCGUUUACAAUCCACUUGCGAUGUUGAUGUUGAUCGGGAGGGGGUGGGGUAAAUGCAGGACUUGGCAAAGAACAUGUGGACAAACGACCAAGGUGGUGGGUGAUACCCUGGAUUUAUGUAUUUUGAUUAUCUUUUAUAUACUAAGUAGUAUAUAUUCAGCCUUUGAUGGGUGUGGCAGUGGCGUGGUUUACAAUUGUGCCCAUUUCCCGUGUGUCAAGGCUGAUUCGGUCAGAGGCAACAAAAUAAAAAAAUACAUCAACAUUUGUUUCGUCUCAAAAGUCACACGUGCAAGUGUUGAUCUAGAAACCCGUAAGCUCUCCUCCGGUUCAUGCAAAUGUCAUGAUAUUAAGGUGUCCGGUCCCACAAUUGUUACAGAGGGACACGUUUGCAGAUAACAUUUCAUACAUUUUACCGACCAAAAAAAAAUUAAAAAAUAACCCGGCACUUAUUUAUGCUUUAUUCUGUAAUAAAGAUCACUACCCCCUCCCCCCUAUAGCCUAAACAGAUUGUUGCGGCAAGCGAUGCUCGCAAGCACCUAUAAAAGCCAGCGAAACGCCGGGCCGUCUUUGUCUCCCCACUGUUGAUGUUUACACACCCCACCGGAUGCUUUUGUAAGGUUGAGUCGACCUCGGGCAGGUCCAGCCAGGACCGGUUCAAAUAUUCGCCGCCGAUGUUACCCGAGAGUGGGAAUCAAUUUCGGGUCACCGGGUUCGGAGCAGAGUGCACUAUGCACUACAAUACCGGUUCUCAUCAACACUCCCCGCAAUACCACAAAGACAAAGAUCGCCCGUCUAGCCUCAACAGACUGUCGGGGAAAGUGCUGUUAGUGAGCACCUAUUGAGGCCGGCACGGUACCCGACCACCUUUGUCUCCCUAGUGGCGAUGUUUACCCACCACACCAGGUAUGCAUCUGAGUACCUGUUGCGGUGACUUGCAGACUCCAUAAGCGACUCUGCAGAGCCAGCAACCCACUUCCUGUGCUGUCUUACACACACGCAUACACGGGAAUUGUGCAUUGUAAACACACGCUACGCGCUAUCGCCUUAGCAUGUAACCACUUAGACGCCUCAAUAAAGAGAUGACUGACGCAUU